GGAGCUUCCUCCCGCUCCGGUCGCCCGUGGAGACGGGGCUGAGGGCGGAGGACGGGCGGUGAGCACCGGGGCCUGUUCCGGGAGCGUGGAGCCGAGCCGAGGAUCAUUGCACCGAUAAAAUCAAAGCGAGCCGGACAGGUAGCAGCCCUGCAUAUGUAGACUAAAGAAUCUGCUGGAGGUCGCAGAACCUGAGGCCGCGCUGUGUCUCCUGACUCCCAGGCUGGUGCUUCAAUCACGGACGGCUCCCGCGUUACAUGCGAACUUCACCACUUCACUGAAAAUGUCUGGCAAAACGGCUACCACGACCAACAACAUAGCUCAGGCCCGAAGGACUGUCCAGCAGUUAAGAAUAGAAGCCUCAAUAGAAAGAAUAAAGGUGUCAAAAGCGUCAGCAGACCUAAUGCUGUACUGUGAAGAACACGCCAAGAAGGAUCCGUUGCUAAUGGGCAUCCCCACUUCUGAGAACCCUUUCAAGGACAAGAAGACCUGCAUUUUGUUAUAGGAGAGGGGGGCAGCUGCCCCCAGCCCUCUCGGGCAAAGCCACAGCGGGCACGCAGGCAAACACUCUGUAAGGUACCGGCUAGCAACUGUCUAAGAGCAGCCCUUCUUUUACCAAGCCUAUAAACAAUUUCUGAAGCUUUCUAAAGCACUUCUUCUGUUCCCUACCUUUAUUAGGAAGCGAGGUUUCAAACUGAAUUAACUCCUUUCUCGUCCAAGGGCACGGGGCCUGUGGCGAGCGGCGUCGCUGCGCCGGGCCGGGCGAGCUGGGGCUCCUGGCCCCACGGGGCUCAGGCCUGCUUCCACUCCUCAGCUUACACAACCGAGACCAAAGUUGCCUGAGCUUCGCUGCCAGAGCAGAGGCAAAGGUGUAGAGACCUGAUGGAACAGCAUUGGGUUGACGCUGGGUUUUUAACUCUGUCUGGGUGGGGGGGAGGUACCUGUGUUGGUGUGUUGUGCUUAUGCACAGGCACAUUUGGAAGUGCAGUGUCUAGCAAAAACUACCUUGAGAAACGACUACAGCAGCUGCCAGUGAGCUCCAGGGAGCCAGGCCUGCAGCCUCCCUUACACUGGCUUCUCUUGACAGGGCUUUCUCAGUGUAAAACCGAAAUCGGCAUGAAUCAGAGACCCACAGGUUGGUUUUCCUGCUCUGUAAGAGGAGCUGAAAAAGCAGAAUUUUCAGCUGUCAUUCUGCUUCUCUGCAUUUUCUUCUGUGUUAGCAUAAAAAAACCCACCAAACCUGUCAACAGAAGCAAAGGCUGGAAGCUGGUAGUGGCCGGGCUGUGUGCUGAGCUGGAGGCAGGUUCCCUCCCAGGCACAUUCUGUGUAGGGGGUCAGAAAGGUGGCUCUUUGUUAAAAUUCAUUUCUAAAGGGGAAAAAUGCCAAAUUCUAUCCAGAUGAUGGUUAUGCAGCUGUAAUUGGAGGGCCUUUCCAUCAAGGAAGUGGUUUUAUAUAUAUACCUAAUAAAACAGUCUUUCUCUGUG